GAGGCAAAAGACUGGGCGCCGUCCCACUUUUUAGCAUUUCUCUGCUCUCUCUCCUUGCUGCUAAACCUCACACACAGUCCCUUUUAAUUGCCCAUCCUUCCCGUGUGGCAAUGGAGAAAGGAUCCAAGCAGACGCUGACCUCCACAGCCAAGAAAGGGCGAAUGACCGUCGUCCUCGGCUUUGUGACCUUCAUUGCUGCCUUUGGAUCCUCUUUCCAAUAUGGGUACAACGUCUCCGUGAUCAAUUCUCCAUCCGUGUUCAUGCAAGACUUUUACAACGAAACCUACCAGGAAAGAGAGGACAAAUACAUGGACCAAGACUUAGAAACCCUGCUCUGGUCUCUCACGGUCUCCUUCUUCCCCCUCGGAGGCUUUUUCGGGUCCCUUCUGGUGGGCCCCAUGGUGAACCGAUGUGGCAGAAAAGGCACCUUGCUGAUCAACAACAUCUUCUCCAUCAUCCCUGCCAUUCUCAUGGGAAGCUCCAAGGUGGCAAAGACUUUUGAAAUCAUCAUCGUUUGCCGGAUCAUCAUUGGAGUCUGCGCUGGUCUGUCUUCUAAUGUUGUUCCCAUGUAUCUUGGAGAGAUGUCCCCCAAAAACCUAAGGGGAGCCUCAGGGGUGGUCCCCCAGCUUUUCAUCACAAUUGGGAUUCUGGUUGCCCAGAUUCUCGGGAUGCGGAUGAUCUUGGGAAGCCCUGAAGGCUGGCCAAUACUCUUGGGCCUAACAGGAGUCCCUGCUGCCUUGCAGCUUCUCCUCCUACCCUUUUUCCCGGAGAGCCCACGGUACCUGCUGAUCCAGAAAGGAGAUGAAGACGGAGCAAGGGCAGCUCUGCGGAGACUGAGAGGCUGGGAUGAUGUGGAUGAUGAGAUAGAGGAGAUGCAGAAAGAAGACCAGGCGGAGAAGGCCGAAGGGCGGAUGUCGGUGCUGACCCUUUUCACCUACCGCGGACUCCGAUGGCAACUUAUCUCCAUCAUCGUGAUGAUGAUGGGGCAGCAACUCUCCGGGGUUAAUGCGGUUUACUAUUACGCUGACGAUAUUUACCGGAGUGCUGGAGUGAACGAAUACAGUGUGCAGUUUGUCACAGCAGGGACUGGAGCCGUUAAUGUCGUCAUGACUUUGUUAGCGGUUUUUAUUGUUGACGCCCUAGGAAGGAGGAUUCUACUGCUCAUCGGCUUUGGUCUCUGCUGUGUGGCCUGCGCUGUUCUGACCGUGGCUCUGAAUUUCCAGUCUACUGUCUCAUGGAUGCCUUAUCUCAGCAUCGCCUGCGUCAUCGCCUACGUCAUUGGGCACGCUGUCGGAGCAAGUGCCAUUCCGAGUGUGAUGAUUAUUGAGAUGUUCCUCCAGAACUCCCGCCCUGCCGCCUUCAUGGUGGGAGGCUCGGUCCACUGGCUUUCCAAUUUCACUGUGGGGCUGGUCUUCAAAUACAUGGAGCAAGGACUUGGGCCGUACUCCUUCCUGAUUUUCUGCGCCAUCUGCUUGGCCACCGUCAUUUACAUCUUCAUCAUCGUCCCCGAAACCAAGCAUAAAACCUUCAUGGAAAUCUACCAGAUCAUGGCCAAGAGGAACGGCGUUCGGGAGGGUGAGAAAGAUGAGCUGACGGAUUUCACUGCCAUUUCUAUGCCAUACAACAAGAAAGCCGAGGUGGAGAGAAACAGCACGCUUUGAAACAGGCCCACGUGGGGGUCCAGGAGUAGCUCAAGUCCAUCGUUCUUUCGAUUCGGGGACCAAAAAGGCUUGGCGGGAGUUGCCAUUCCCUGGAUUUUAACUUACCUGGUGGCGGGUCGCGCUGUGAGUGAAUCCAUGCAGUUCCACAGCUUUGACUCGUUUUUAAAAUAGCACUCACUCGUGCUUGCAUAUUUUUCAUAUCUGUGGACAAAAAUGCUUCCUUCCCUUCUCUUGCCCCGCAUAUACUGCCUUUUCCCUUCACCAGUGUGGAUUUUGCCAUCUCUGGGUGCCUUUCUUAAAAAAAAAGAUGCUUACCAGGUCUGGAACGUUUUCUAAAGAACAACGCUGAAGCUCACCUCUUUUUGAAUGCUGGCUCUCCAAGAGGAUCACUAAGAGAGGCAGGGAGAUCUGUGAAUCGGGAGCCACUGUUGUAACAGAGCUUUUGCUGUACGAUUCCCGUGGGCUUUGGAAUGUGCAAGGCCCACUUCCUGCCACUCCAUCGCUCAGGGCAGGAGAAAGUGUCCUUAUAAUGAAGCCGUGAAUUUCAGAUAAGGCAAGGGAAAGGCUGUUUUGUUUCUCUCCAUACCUCGGACGGAAAGGAAAAGCGGUCCCACUCUGGAACAACUGCAGAAGAAUCAGGUGCAUCGCCCAGAGAGGGGCUGCCAUGACAUUUUGACCCUUCUGUGCAUCAUGGACACCCUCCCUUUCAGAAACUCAACUUGUGGUGGUUUCUUAUGGAGCAACAGCUGUUUCCUAAGUUGCAUGAAAACUCAGACAUUCAGGAAACGGCCUGGGUUUUCUCCCCCCAUUCCUCUAGCACAUCAAUUGGAAUAGACUGGGCAGCGUGUCAUUAUUAUUAUUAUUGUUAUUGUAGAAUACAAAAUGGAAGUCCAUAACACAGUAUUCGUCACAAUUCUCCCAGUUGCAAAGACAUCUCCGGUCUCCUUUAUUUAGUGGCCCCGUAAUAUCUUCUCCUCUUCCCCGGUAAAAGAUGCUACACAUGGAAACUAAGGAAAUUCAAUCUGUCCAGCUGACUCUCCUGAGCUUAAAACACACCCACCCUUGAUGGGGCUGCUGACAGGUGCUCAGAUGAUAGACCCAAAAUAAUCUUGAAUUCCUCGCUGUGUGUGUAGGUAUGCAUUUGAGGAGCGAGUGCAUUUCACAGCAUAUAAAUAGCGCCCGCUAGGUCAUGGAAGAAACAGUUGUCUGUUACAACAUAGUGUAGAACCUCAGUCCCUUCCGUUUGCGCUGGUCUCCAUCGUCAGGGUAGAAUUAUCAUUAAACGCUGGUCCUUUUAAUCACGAGAGGCAAAAUCUGUUCUCUAGGGAUCAAGAAAUCCACACUUCUCCUGCAUUUCUGGGCAAGCAGGAAGCCUGAGACUUUAGCAGGAGGAUGGAACAUAUGCAUCUCUUGGCAUUACUGGGUGGCCAUGGUCCUCACCCCUUUCCGUUUACUGUACUGGCUGAAGAUGAUGGGAUUUGGAAUCCAGGAUCUGGUAGAGCAUCCUUCUUUUCCACCUCCACUCCAGCUUGCCAUUCAGACGUCUACUCUCGUUGGAGGUGGAUGUUCCCCUGGCUAGGUCUAGACUGCUUCAAGCUAGACUUGAGGCUCGGAUCCUGGAAUGGGGAUGGGGGGAGGAUGGGAGAAAUCACCCCACAUGAGUCUCAGACAUUGGUGGCUUGUCAAGGAAAGAACCAGCCUCGAGAAGCUAUUCUCCUGCCACCCCCCUCAGGGGCUUCGGUCAGGGGCAGGUGGAUCAGCUAAGCAUGGAUCAGAUCUUCCCCCCAUCUAUUGGGGUGCUCAGCUGGGAUCAAGGUACCUUCCCUAGCAGAGGUUCGGCCGAUCCAUAUUUUUCGGCAGGCAGCUAUGUGGGAUUCUCGGAAGAGGCGUCUGAAAGGACCAAUCUGCCAUUGUUCACCCAGAUUAUGGGCUGCCUGUGCCGGGGGAGUAAAUUAUGCCCCUUCUUUCUCCCUGAAUCAAGUAUCUAAAGCCAGGUAAAUGCCCCUUUGCCUUCCUAGCAAUAAAACCCCCGAUGAACUUCAUGACAAUCAAAGCCAGCCGCCUAAAAACUGGCACGUUGCUAUCCCCGAACCUCCGGGCCAGGCUUAUCUCAGACUUAAGCCCGAGGCUCGUUCUCUUGAGAAAUGCCUUUCAGACUACAGCCUGAAUCUCUGUUUCUUGUUAUUGAUAAGCCUUUCUUUUUUCCAGGUUAUGCUACCUUCUCAUAGACAUGUGAAAACCAGGGUGGGGGGAAGUUCCCCCCUUUUUUCCAUGGGGAGAAAGGGAAAAUGUUUUUUCCCCCCGAAAAAAACGUCUCCAGAUUUCCCCCCCCCAAGUCUUCACAUCUCUACCUCUUUGGCCUUAAUAUUACCACCCACACAGGUACAGUUUAGUUAUAUAAUAUUAUUACUUAGAGCUUCAGAGCUGGAAGGGGCCCUCUGGGUCAUCAAGUCCACCCCCCCCGUUAAGGAGGUCCAGUAGGGGAAUUCGAACUCCCAACCUCUGGCUCCACAGCCAGAGACCUCAACUCACUGAGAUUUCUAGCUGUUCUAUUAUCCACCUCAGUUUUGCAGUGUUUUUUUCCUUUUCUUUUCUUUUUUUCAACAGCAGCAAGAAACAGUAUUUUUCUGUGGAAUGAGAGGAAAGAAUGUUGUACAUUUCUUGGAAUGGAUCUAUGUGUUUGUGGUUUCUUUUGAUCAAAUUGUUAU